AUGUCCGCCCUAAGAAUUCUUGUACCCGUAAAGAGGGUUAUUGACUAUGCGGUCAAACCCCGCGUCAACAAAGCCCAGACAGCUAUCGAGACCAAUGGCGUCAAACAUAGCAUGAACCCUUUCGACGAACUCUCGAUUGAAGAAUCUGUACGAAUUCGCGAGAAGAAAUCCGCGCCCGGCGGCGUCGAAGAAAUCCUUGCAUUUUCCGCUGGACCGACCAAAUCGCAAGAUAUUCUACGUACAGCUAUGGCUAUGGGUGCUGAUCGCAGUUUACUGGUUGAGAUGAAAGAUGGGGAAGAAUUGGAACCAUUGGGAGUAGCGAAACUGUUACAAAAGGUUGUGGAGAAGGAGAAGAGCAAUUUGGUAUUUUUGGGGAAACAAAGUAUUGAUGAUGAUGCGGGGCAAACAGGACAAAUGUUGGCGGGGCUAUUGGGAUGGAGUCAAGCAACGCAGGCAAGUAAGGUGGAGUUCAAAGAUGGAGAUAUAGUUGAGGUUACGAAGGAGGUGGAUGGCGGCACGGAUGUGGUGAGGGGCAAAUUACCUAUGGUUAUUACAACAGAUCUGAGAUUGAAUGAACCGAGAUAUGCGAGCUUGCAGAGUAUCAUGAAGGCAAAGAAGAAGAAACUGGAGAAAUCUACACUUGGUGACUGGGGCGUGGAUGGUACCAAGAGGGUAAAGACUUUAAAGGUUAUUGAACCACCGCCAAGACAAGGAGGCGGUAAAGUCGACGACGUUGAUGGAAUGAUCUCCAAAUUGAAGGAAUUAGGCGCAUUAUAA